UCCAGUGGGCGCAGACCGCACUGGCUGGCGCGGAGCGAGGCGUGGACUCCGGCAGCCGGACGAUCCUGGCCAGGGAACUGAAGAGAGAGGUGGCAGGGAUCGGGCCUGGCCGUCGACACCAUGACCAGCUGCCGUCACCACUCCGGAUACUUGGCGGAUGAUGAGGCCGGCCACACCACUUAUAUGGCUCGGGUGCAGCCACCUAAGAAGCCACUGUUCCCAGAAAUGGGGCAUGCCUCCAAGCUUGGCCCCAUGCCACAUCCACCAUCAACUUAUGGCCCCACGGGCAGCUCAGGACUCCACAGUCAUUGCAGAAAGCCAAAGAGCCCUCAGUCAUUUGGCAGUUUCCUGGAUUUCCUUGUUGAGGGCCAGGUGUUGGAUAGUCUACAGACGGUGGUGGAGGAGGCAACUGAGCGAGUGGCCACCAUGAAGACAGAGGCUGGGGUGCCGCUGGUGGAGGUGCAAGACCCGUUGGAGGUGCCAAGGGGUCGGCAGCACAGGCGUACUCGGCCCAACCUUCGUACUGUGCUCCGGCACCGUGCACAGCCCAGCCUCUGCACUGGACACCCCAACAACUACCCAUCCUGUUCCAGUUCCAUGUCUGACUCUCCCAGCAGUUUCAUGACUGGCUGGCUGGAUUCCCAUAGCCAGGACAGCUACUUGGGUGCCCAUGGUUUAGGCCCACUGCCACCCAUAAGGAACAGACUACUGAUGGAGAAGAACCUCAAACGACUGCUGCGACUGGAGAAUAAAGGGAAAGGCCUGGGUCUACCCAGCUCCCAGAGUGACUCCCUAUUCUGGGAGUCACUGGGUAGCCAGGCUAGCAGCCAGUGGACCUCGGAGCAGCCCCUGUCCUGGUUCUCAGGCCUGAUGGGCUCCAGCAUGAGCACACCUGAAACAUCAGAGGCAGGGAUUGGAGAGGAGGAUCUGAUUUUCCUCAAACAAGAGUUCAACAAAGAGAUCCAGUCCUUGCUGAGCCAGCCACUGCCCUUCAACCUCCCUGGCUACUGUUCUCUCCAAGAGCCCCACCGUACCUUCGACUUCCUGGCAGAGCACCACCUCUUCCCUGCCCUGCAGCACAUCAUCAACCAGGCUGUGGACAAGCUCAGUGGUGCCCGCCGCCACGAUGGCUGUCCUCUCUUCCCAUCAACAGAAUGGGAGGCCACCAGAGGGCCUAAUUCCAACCCCAUGCCAGGUUCCAAGCCAAUCACCCUUACUGAUGAGAAGGAGCCCAAUGAAUCGAUCCCCUCCACAGCUUCCAACUCCAAGAUGGUUUGGAGAAAGAGCAACAAGGACAGAGGACGGGCCAAACCUAAGGAAGGCGGUUCCCCUGUGUCUAGUGCCCAGGGGUCCACCAGAUUCACACUACAGGUGACACCCACAGAAGAAUCCAAGAACCCAAAUUACAAGCUUGCGAAGAAGAAGCCACUGCCCACCAUCUCGUCCAAGUCUUCUGAGUCCAGCAUCUCUAACCCCUGGCAAGAGGAGCUCAUCAACUACUUGACAGAGCAGGCCCUCUCCUUGCUCAUCUAUAAGUACAAGUAUGAAAAGAGGCUUACCAAACAGCUGGGCUUUAUCUCAUUCCCCAUCACCGAAGUGCUCAUGGACCUCUUCCUGGGCUUCAAGAAGGUGAAGGGAUCCUGCAUCCACCUGUCCUCCAAGAUUGACUGGAGCUGCCUGCUGCAGAAGCUGGAGGAGGCUGAGUGGGCCCAACAGGCAUCCCAGGGCUCCCAGCAGGCAUCCCAGCAGGCCUCCCUGCAAAUGUCCUCGCAGGCCUCCCAGAAGGCCUCCCCCAAGGUGUCCCUGAAGGCCUCCCAACAGGGGUUCCAACAGACCUCCUGGCAGACCUCUCAGCCCAGCAAGGAGUUCCCCUCCACAGUGCCACAGCUGGUCACCAACAGAGAGCAGGAUGGCACCACAUCCUCUCUCCACAGCGACUUGCUGCAUGACCCGCUUACCUCUCAGGAAAAUACCACAACAGAGGAGCAGGAGCUCAUGAGCCCAUCAGAGCUCAAGCUCUCUACAUCCCCCAGCACCAGCAUGGGCUCCACUCAGUUCAAGCAAGCAAUAAAUAAGGAGGACACCCAGGGCAGUGAGGUGGAUGACAGCUUCUUUGGGGAGAAGGGAGAGCCCCAUAGCCUCCUGGAGCCUCAUGGGGAAACCCCAGUCAGCCUUUCCUCAGACAUGAGUCAUGGUGAUCCCCCGUGAGGUCUCCUGGACACCCUAAGUGCUUGGUUCCCCACUACUCCUGCUCUGUCUGAAUGUUGCCCACCCUGCUGCCCAUACAUUUUACCCUAAGCAGAGGGCAUGUGCCCAUGAAGAGCUCAACUUUGCUGAGACUCUCAGAAUAAAUAAAAAAUAAUGAUUCUUAUAAUGAUGGGGCAG